GAUGCUAACAACGUUAACGUUUCUGAAGUCUUUCGGUCAGCGAAAAGCAUGAUAAGCGUCAGCCAAAGCGCUGGAGUUCUACGAAGACUAGGUCAUUCUCAAAGAAUGAGGUAAAGGUAAAGAAUCCGAUCCUACCGACGCUUCAGCGAACGCGUCGGCCGACACACUACCGACGCGUUGAUAAGAUCGAACGCAUAAGACCAAUCUCGUAGGGAAAAGAAAUCUAAAUCACCACCAUUUUGAGAACGAAACAAUAAUACCUAGGUCGUCUCCUACUUUUUUCUUUUUAAGGGUCGGAUACCGAGGGAGUUAGCAUGUUAUGAGUUGGUAAGAUCGAUCGCAGAAGAAAGGAACUCUAAAUCGUCGCCAUUUUGAGGACGAUUUUGUUUAGCUAUGUGCAGCUCAUGUAGUGGUGACAGUCGUGAAUGCGAUUGUCAACAGGCACCAGCAAAGAGGCAGAAGAAAGGAAGGAGAGCCUCAGAACAGCCAGUCACCAGAAACUGAGCCAAACUAUAGAGCCAUUUGCAGGCAGCUCACACAAAAAACCCAACAACUCGGCAAGGCCUACAAAACUAUCGAGGCCCAGUACGAUGAAUUGAAAGAAAGCUGUCAAGACAAGGACGAGCAGCUAAAUCAGGCCCAGCAAGGCGCCGACGAGAUGGCAGACCUGGUUCGGCAGAGUGAGGAGCGUGUUCAAAGAGGAAAUUACGGAAAAGGAUGAGCGGAUUAAUGCUCUCGAACAGCAGCUCCGAGCAAUGCAGAAUCCUGAAGUACCAUCAACUGCAAACCAAGAGGCCUCUGCGAAGGUUGACCGAAACGACCUGGCCGAUGAUUCAUCGAAACUACACGGCUGUGCUGUCGACCCUCCAGGAGAAGAAGUGCACCCUAACAAACGCCUAUAGACUGGCAGGAACAGCACGUAGCACCAUUAGUGACUUCCUGGGUGUAGCGGAACUGAAAAUUGUCAAUGAGGUGACAUUUGAAAGCACCUUGGAGAGGCUAGGAAACCCCAAAUUAGCCGUAAAAACCAUCGAACAGGAAUGUCGGAAGCAGCUGGGUGGACUCCUUCCGGUCGUUAAAAGACUUCGCCUCACGAGGAAGCUGUUGCCGCUGGCACAGGAUAAUGCCUUCCAUUCGUAGAGGGCUUCAUAAGCAAGAAAAACGGCUCCUUUAGGAGCCACUAAGUUUGAAAAAGUCAAUGUCCAACGUAAUAAAAUUUCAGUGUUUUUGGUGAUAAAAAUUUAAAAACUCGAGGACAGGUGUCGGUUUAGAAUAUUAAGGUAUCCUCACGGAAAAAUAUAGGAAAUGUUCAUCUUAUGCUCAGUAAGGAUAAGUAACUGUGUGGGGACUGGGUUCCAAAAACACGACAAACAAGAUGGCGGCCAAAACAAAAUUAUUCAUUUGCAUAUCGUGAGUAAAAGUCUUCCGAAGAAGACGUCACAGUAGAAAAGGAAGGUUUAGCAUUGAUUUACAUAAAGAAGACCCAAACAAAGUCACCGACGCACCACCGACGCACCACCGACGCACCACCGACACACCACCGACGCAUCUUGAACGUUAGAAGAAUAAACGGUGGCCAACACGUCGGUCGACGCGUCGGUUGGAUCGGAUUCUUUACCUUUACCCAAGUUUCCAUUGAUUGGAUCAAACGAUUUCGAGUUUGUGAAAGUAAGCAAAACAAAAUUUCCAUUAUGGAACUGGGCCCAGGUACUAAGUAUAGUUUUGCAGUGGUAAAAAAAAUGGCAGGUCAAGGUCUUCUGUAUGUUAGAAUUAAACCAGGAUUUGAAUUUGUGUAUGGAGAGGAUCGUGACAGCAAUCAUGGCUUGGAAACUUCCCUUUUGGAAGAGGCCGAGGAAAAUAAUACCGUUAGUAUCAGUUGUGCACUGUCCCCAGUCAAUACCAUUAAUCCUGAAGAUGGUAAUGAUUUAAAACCCCACCAUGAAGGAUUAGGAGAACAUGACACUCAAUCAGUCACAGGCUCUCAUCGUGCAAAUGAUCUCCUUGACAAUGAAACUGAUGAUUUACUUCUUGAAAUAGACAAACAAUCUCUUUCUGACCCUGUAGAAAUUCUUAGGUUUCUACAGCAACAACUAAUUAAGGGA